GCAUUCAGGCAAGCAACUCAAGUAGUUGUCAUCUCCUCCCUUCACACUGCAAAGAGGGAUCAAGUGCUCAUUAGCUCAAGCUAGCUAGGCUUCUGAUCUAAAAGCUCCUAAUCCUCCUCGCAAUCUCUUAUACGAAAGCGAAGAUCUCCAAUGGCUGGCCUGUCUCUUCAGCACCCACUGGCUUUCGCCUUUGGCCUCCUCGGUAACAUCAUCUCCUUCAUGACCUACCUGGCCCCACUGCCGACCUUCUACCGGAUCUACAAGAACAAGUCGACGCAGGGCUUCCAGUCGGUGCCGUACGUGGUGGCGCUCUUCAGCGCGAUGCUAUGGAUCUACUACGCGCUGCUCAAAUCCAACGAGUGCCUGCUCAUCACCAUCAACGCCGCAGGCUGCGUCAUCGAGACCCUCUACAUCGCCAUGUACCUCACCUACGCUCCCAAGAAAGCAAAGCUGUUCACGGCCAAGAUCCUCCUGCUCCUGAACGUGGGGGUGUUCGGGCUCAUCCUCCUCCUCACCCUGCUCCUCUCCGCCGGCCAGAACCGCCUCGUCAUCCUCGGAUGGGUCUGCGUCGGCUUCUCUGUCAGCGUCUUCGUCGCGCCACUCAGCAUCAUCCGUCAGGUGGUGCGCACGAGGAGCGUGGAGUUCAUGCCCUUCUCCCUCUCCCUCUCCCUCACCGUCAGCGCCGUCGUCUGGUUCCUCUACGGCCUGCUCAUCAAGGACAAAUACGUCGCGCUGCCCAACGUGCUGGGCUUCAGCUUUGGCGUGAUCCAGAUGGGUCUCUACGCGCUCUACCGCAACGCGACGCCUAGGGUGCCAGCCAAGGAGGUCGCCGACGACAAGGAGGACAUCAUCAAGGUGCCCGAGCACGUCGUGACCAUCGCCAAGCUUGGCGCACCGGCCGUGGAGCUCAAGACCCACGAGGUGCGCCCCGUGGAGUCUCCUCCCAUGGAGGAGGAGGUGAAGCCGGAGAGCGGCAUGGCUGCAGCCGAGAAGGAGCAGGACAAGGUGAUGAACAAAGGUGGCAACGCCGAUCAGGCCUAGAUUCAUGAGUAUCCGGGUCGUAAUUAAGCAAGGCUGCACGCUUCGUUUGGACCACGCGAAGUGCCCGAGCUGUGCGUGCGGAGGUGCACAAGCAUAUACAUGAUGUGAGCUAUGAAAGCGGUCAAGAUGAAAGAACGAGAGAAGGGAGAAUCUUGAUAGGGGUCGUAGUUCGCGUCUGCUCGCUAGCUGCUGCAGUUGUUUGAUUUCAUUAUCCUGCAUGUAUUAAUGUUUAGAUUAUGUUCUUGUAAUAAUAGUUCUCUGUUCAUUGAAGAAGAAUGUUUAUUUGAUCC